UUCAAGUCUUUUCAUCUUUCUUUUCAUCAUACAAAACUUACCACUCCUCCUCCCCGCACCUCACACACACACAAGAACAUCUCUAAACAACUACACAUACACGCAAAACUAUGACUGCCGUUAGCUCUGUUGCCGAUGUGGACGCUUGGAUCGCCCAACUUUCCGACUGCAAACAAUUGCCAGAGGCUGAUAUUAAGAAACUUUGCGAUAAGGCACGCGAGAUUCUUCUCGAGGAAUCAAACGUCCAACCUGUCCGAUGCCCGGUCACCGUAUGCGGCGAUAUCCACGGUCAAUUCCACGACUUGCAAGAACUGUUCCGCAUUGGCGGCAACUCUCCUGACACUAACUACUUGUUCAUGGGCGACUAUGUGGAUCGUGGAUACUACUCUGUGGAGACGGUGACGUUGCUGGUAGCGCUCAAGGUGCGAUACAAGGACCGUGUGACGAUCCUCCGAGGCAACCACGAGUCGCGCCAGAUUACACAGGUCUAUGGUUUCUAUGAUGAAUGUUUGCGAAAGUAUGGCAACGCCAACGUUUGGAAAAUCUUUACCGAUCUUUUCGAUUAUUUGCCAUUGACGGCUCUCAUUGAAGACCAGAUCUUUUGUCUUCACGGAGGUCUCUCGCCGUCGAUUGAUACCCUGGACCAGGUGCGAUCGCUGGAUCGUAUCCAAGAAGUGCCUCAUGAAGGCCCCAUGUGCGAUUUGCUGUGGUCUGACCCAGACGACCGAUGCGGUUGGGGUAUCUCGCCGCGUGGCGCAGGUUAUACGUUUGGACAGGAUAUCUCAGAGACAUUCAAUCACAACAAUGGCUUGACCUUGGUCGCCAGAGCACAUCAGUUGGUCAUGGAGGGCUAUAACUGGUGCCACGACCGCAACGUUGUGACGAUCUUCAGUGCUCCCAACUACUGUUACCGUUGCGGCAACCAAGCAGCAAUCAUGGAGAUUGACGAACACCUGAAAUACUCUUUCCUUCAAUUCGACCCUGCACCCAGGAAGGGUGAACCACAUGUCAGCCGACGCACUCCCGACUACUUCUUGUAAAGAGCUUCUUUUUAUAUAUAAACAAAAUGAACUGAAUAUCAUCAAAACAACCACAACAACAGCAACAAAAAAGACAGGGCGCCUUUUCCAUGGCGAGAAGAGAAGAAAGAAUAAGCAAAAGGAUUCCAUGUCCCACCCUCCCCACUUCUUCCUUACCCAACCACAACCACAACCAUAACCACAACCAUAACCAUAACCAGCCCCCCACCCUGUUAAUCGGAUUUUCUGCAUUGUAUACUUCUUCUUUUCUUUACCUUCCAUAUCUUUUUCCUUUUCGUCGUCCUUUAUUCUCUUUCUCU